AUGCCAUCCAACUCUAAAGACAUACUACAGAGAGCUCUGGUGUCUGUUUACAGGGAAGAGAAGAAGAAGAAGAAGGAGAAAGAGGAAAAAGUCUUAGGAGUGGGAUUUUUUCAACUGUUCCGGUUCUCCACAUGUCAGGACACCCUGAUGAUGGUGGUGGGGGGUUUGUGCGCGCUGAUCCACGGCGCCGCCUCUCCUCUCAUGCUGCUUGUCUACGGCCAGAUGACCGACACCUUUGUGUCCUACGAGCUGGAGAUGCAGGAGCUGAGAGACCCCAACAAAACAUGCAUCAACAGCACCGUCGCCUGGGUCAAUGGAUCCAUAUAUCAGACAGCUGAGAACGCCACUGUCCUCUGUGGGGUGGACAUUGAAUCUCAGAUGACACUGUUUGCAUAUUACUUUGUUGGUAUUGGACUGGGUGUCUUCAUCGUCAGUUAUUUUCAAAUUGCCCUCUGGGUUUCAGCCGCUGCUAGGCAGAUCCAAAUAAUAAGGAAGACAUAUUUCCGUAAGAUCAUGCGGAUGGAAAUCGGUUGGUUUGACUGCAACUCUGUCGGAGAAUUAAACACAAGGAUAUCUGAUGAUAUCAAUAAAAUCAACCAUGCCAUCGCAGACCAGGUGUCCAUUUUCAUUGAGAGGCUCUCCACCUUCAUCUUUGGCUUCCUGGUGGGUUUCAUUGGCGGCUGGAAGCUGACUCUGGUGGUCGUUGCAGUGAGCCCCCUCAUUGGCCUGGGAGCCGGAUUAAUGGCCAUGGCUGUCGCUAGGCUAACAGGCUGGGAGCUGAAGGCCUAUGCUAAAGCCGGAGCUGUGGCAGACGAGGUGCUCUACUCCAUACGAACCAUUGCGGCCUUCGGCGGGGAGGACAAGGCAGCUGAGAGGUACGACCGAAACCUUGAGGAGGCCCAGACCUGGGGUGUGAAGAAGGGCACCAUCAUUGGGGUGUUUCAGGGUUACCUCUGGUGCAUUAUCUUCCUCUGCUACGCCCUGGCCUUCUGGUACGGCUCCAAGUUAGUCAUCGACACCAAAGAGCUCUCACCUGGUGCCCUCAUACAGGUGUUCUUUGGCAUUCUGAUGGCCGCCAUGAAUUUAGGUCUAGCUUCACCGUGCCUGGAGGCUUUCGCGUCAGGCCGGGCCGCAGCCAAAAGCAUAUUUGACACCAUAGACAGGGAGCCAGAGAUCGAUUGUCUCUCGGAGGAAGGGCACAAAUUAGAGCGGGUGAAAGGAGACAUCGAGUUCCACAACGUUGAGUUCAAUUACCCAUCACGACCAGAUGUUAAGAUCUUACAUGACCUAAGCAUGGUGAUAAAAGCAGAGGAGACCACAGCUUUUGUCGGGCCAAGUGGUUCAGGAAAGAGCACCACAAUCCAGCUCAUACAGAGAUUCUACAACCCCCUGCAAGGAAUGGUGACUCUGGAUGGCCAUGACAUCAGGAGCCUCAACAUUCAGUGGCUGCGCUCUUUGAUUGGCAUUGUGGAGCAGGAACCCGUGCUCUUUGCCACCACCAUUGCCGAGAACAUUCGCUACGGCCGGCCUGGUGUCACCACGGAGGACAUAAUCCAGGCCACAAAACAGGCCAAUGCAUAUGACUUCAUCAUGGACCUCCCUCAGAAAUUUGACACGCUGGUGGGCGAGGGUGGAGGCCAGAUGAGUGGAGGUCAGAAACAGAGGAUCGCCAUCGCUCGAGCUCUGGUCAGGAACCCUCGCAUCCUACUGCUGGACAUGGCCACUUCGGCCCUGGACAACCACAGCGAGGCUAUGGUCCAGGAGGCCCUGGAUAAGUCUCGUAUGGGUAGGACCACCAUCACCAUUGCCCAUCGUCUCUCCACCAUCCGUAACGCCGAUGUGAUCGUUGGCUUUGAUCACGGGCGAGCUGUGGAGCGGGGCGGUCACACCGACCUCAUGGAAAGGAAUGGCGUCUACUUCACCCUGGUCACCCUGCAGAACCAAGGCCAAGAGCCAGCCACGCACAGAGAGAAAAGCCCACCUGAAAGUGAGAUAACUGAUGUAGCUCUUGGAAGACAAAGGACGCUUAGCAGAGGGAGUCAUACGAGAUCUCUGCGUCUACGGUCGCGGUCUCAGAGGUCAGAGGACUAUAUUCCUGGUGCCAUAUCCGGACAACUCCAGAUUGACACAGACAGGGACAUCCCUGAGGUAAACUCAACAGAUGAGAGCACGGAGCCAGGGGAACAUGUUGAACCAGCACCAAUAACUCGCAUCCUGAAGUACAACCGCUCUGAGUGGCCAUACCUGCUGAUGGGCUCUCUCGGAGCUGCCAUCAACGGGUCGGUCAACCCCAUCUACGCUAUUUUAUUCAGCCAAAUUCUUGGGACAUUUGGCCUCACUGACCUGGAUGAACAGAGGAAGCAGAUCAAUGGAAUAUGUGUCCUGUUUAUCAUUGUGGCCGUGAUAAGCUUCUUCUCACAGUUUUUACAGGGUUAUUCCUUCGCCAAGUCGGGAGAGCUGCUGACGCGCAGGCUGAGGAAGAUGGGCUUCCAGGCUAUCCUGAGGCAAGAGAUCGGCUGGUUUGAUGACCGUAAGAACAGCCCCGGGGCUCUGACCACCAGACUGGCCACGGACGCUUCCAUGGUGCAAGGGGCGACGGGGUCACAGAUAGGCAUGGUUGUGAACUCGCUCACCAAUAUUGGUGCUUCGCUCAUCAUAGCCUUCUACUUCAGCUGGAAGCUGAGCCUGGUUGUCAUCUGUUUCCUACCUUUCAUCGGCCUGUCCGGAGCUUUCCAGGCCAAAAUGCUCACUGGCUUCGCCAAUGAAGACAAGAAGGCCUUGGAGGACGCAGGACAGGUGUCCAGUGAAGCGAUGGCCAACAUCAGGACCAUCGCAGGCCUGGCUAAGGAGGGCCAGUUCGUGGAGCAGUAUGAGCAGCAGCUGGAGGCCCCGUACGCAGCCGCCAAGAAAAAGGCCCGUGUCUACGGCAUCUGCUUUGCUUUCGCCCAGUGUGUCAUCUUCAUGGCGUACGCAGCCUCUUUCAGAUACGGUGGCUACCUGGUCAGCAACGAAGGGCUUCCUUACCUAAUUGUGUUCAGAGUUGUCGCAGCUGUUGUGACCUGUGGAACUGCGUUGGGGAAAGCAUCAUCUUUUACUCCAGAUUAUGCCAAAGCAAAGAUUGCCGCCGCCCAACUCUUCACACUCCUUGACAGAGUCCCAAAGAUCAGCAUGAAUCCAGCAGAGGGACAAACUUGGGAUAAAUUCAAAGGAGAGGUGGAGUUUCUCGACUGCAGGUUCACGUACCCCAGCCGGCCGGACGUCCAGGUGCUGAGGGGGCUGGCGGUGUCGGUGAAGCCCGGGCAGACGCUGGCCUUCGUGGGCAGCAGUGGCUGCGGGAAAAGCACCAGUGUGCAGCUGCUGGAGAGAUUCUACGACCCUGACGAGGGCAAAGUGUUGAUAGAUGGGCACCCGUCGCAGUCGAUCUGCGUGCCGUUCCUGAGGGCUCAGAUUGGCAUUGUGUCCCAGGAGCCGGUGCUGUUUGACUGCAGCAUUGCAGAGAACAUCGCCUACGGAGACAACAUGCGCGCGGUCAGCACGGAGGAGAUUGUGGACGCGGCCAAAAAAGCUUUCCUCCACGAUUAUGUGAUGACACUGCCAAAAAAAUAUGAGACCCAGGUUGGGGCACAGGGCUCCCAGCUGAGCAGAGGACAGAAGCAGCGCAUCGCCAUCGCCAGAGCCAUCGUCAGGAACCCCAAGAUCCUGCUGCUGGAUGAGGCCACUUCUGCCCUGGACACAGAGAGUGAGAAGACGGUGCAGGCAGCUCUAGACGAGGCCAGGCGAGGUCGCACCUGCAUCGUCAUUGCCCACAGACUGUCCACCAUCCAGUCGGCGGACAUCAUCGCUGUCAUGUCCCAGGGGGUGGUCAUUGAGAAAGGCACGCACGAGGAGCUGAUGGCCAAAAAGGCAGCGUACUACAUAUUAGUCACCACCGGAGCACCCGUUAGCUAAGACACCUGAGGAUUGUAUUUAAAAAAUGAACUUCUGUUUUGUUUUUUCAGUAUAAUUUGUCUUUAUCUCUGCAAUGUGUUUAUAAAGCUGUUGUUUGUUGUUGUUUCAUUUGGGUAGAAUUAAUUUAUACUCGUUGAAGUAUUUAUAUGUAUUUAUUUCCUCUGAAUCAGAUGUGCUGUGUACACUUUAUUUCACUCAAUGUUUUUUUCUUUUCAGUUAAUUAAUCAUUGGUUGGUUAAUGGCAAGAUAUUUAAGCAAACACACUAAAACAAAAUAGACUUGCAUGUAUUAUCUGUAGAUGUAAUAGUAAUAGUAGUAGUAUUAGAUGUAGUAGCAGUAGUAGUAGCAGUCGUAGUGGAGGUAACAGUAGUAGGUCAACAAUUUUUGCCAAACAAACAAACAUAUAUUUUCAGGGCUUGCUAUGAAUGGCUUGCUCAUUUUAGUGAGCACCAUCAUCAUAGCACCAUCUCACCCACUAGAGAGUGCUCUUCACCAGGCUGGCACUUACAUAGCAGGCAAACCCAAUGUGCAAGAAAUAAUGAGUGUAUUUUGGCGGGUUUGCAUUCUUUUUUACAAUGUAUAGUUGUCGUUUAUAUGAUGGUAAAAUUGUUUUGUGAAUGUAAUACAAAGAUUGAUAUGACAUUGUGUCAAUCUAGUGCGUCGUAAAAAUGAACGGCUCAACAAAAUGAGGACACACACAGUAGAUAAGGUAUUUGUUUGUUUAGUGUUAUAUACGUUUUAUAUGUUAUAAUAAAAAUAUGCCAUACUGA